AUGGUUGAUUAUGAGGUGACCCUGUUCACUGGCGAUCUGGCCUUUGCCUCUACGUUUGAUGAUAUCUACAUUAAGCUGGUCGGCUCAGGCGAGAGCCAGCGAACACUUCUCCCCCGGAGCUGGAUACCAUCUUUGUUUAAAGGAGGAGUGUCAAAGUGUACCAUAUCCUGCCCAAAAUCCCUUGGAAAGCUGGUGCUGAUUGAGUUACAGAAAGAGACGAUGUUCUUUAAUGACUCUUGGUAUCCUGCUAAGGUGGACGUGAAAUCCCCUGAAGGAGACACCUACCACUUCCCCAUCUACCACUGGAUCACUGACAGCGAGCUGCACUACUUCAGAGAGGGGGCAGCUCUCCUGGUCUUUGAAGACAAAUGCUCUGUUGAUGGUUACAGUCGGGAGCAGGAGAUUAAGCAGCAACAGGAAGUUUACUGCUGGGGUGUGUAUGAAGAGGGAAUUCCUCACUGCAUCAAGGCAGACAGUUUGCAGUCUCUGCCCGAUGACAUCCGCUUCUCUCUGAGUAAAACUGCAGAGUUGGCCUACACUGCAGCCACAGGAUUGAUAGAACUGGAACUGAUAGGAAUUUCUGAAUGUACGGAAAAUUUUACGUGUGUGGAGAAUAUUGAUCGCCUGCUAUGCGUCCAUCAGUCUAAAACAUCAGAGUACGUCAGACAACACUGGAAGGAAGAUGAUUUCUUUGGCUACCAGUAUCUAAAUGGUACCAACCCCAUCCUGAUCCGACGCUGUGAAGCACUGCCGGACAAGUUUCCUGUCACCAAUAAAAUGGUUUUCCCUGAUGGCAAACACAGACUGGCAGAUGAAAUGAAGAAGGGAAACAUCUUCCUGUGUGACUACAAGCUUUUGGAUGGAGUACCUACAAACACCAUCAAUGGGAAGAAGCAGUACCUGACGGCUCCUCUUGUUCUGCUCUGGAAAACUGGUGAUAAGAUGAAGCCAGUUGCUAUUCAGCUGAAGCAGAAACCAGCAAAAGACAACCCGGUUUUUCUUCCUACUGAUUCUGAGUACGACUGGUUGAUGGCCAAGAUCUAUGUGAGAAGUGCAGAUUUCAACCUGUUUGAACUCAAUACUCACCUGCUGCGCACUCACCUGCUGGCUGAGGUUUUUGCAAUGUCAGUGCUGCGUAACCUGCCCAUGGUGCAUCCUCUGUACAAGCUUCUCAUACCUCACACUCACUACACUCUGAACAUCAACUUCUUAGCUCGGACACGUCUAAUAUCAAGGACCGGAGUUUUCACUAAGUUCACAGCUUCUGGUGGAGAGGGUGUUUUCACAAUCCUGAAGAAAUCCCUGUCCUCACUGACCUACAGCUCCCUCUGUAUCCCAGAGGACAUCACAGAGCGUGGGCUGAAAGAUGUACCAAACUUCUAUUACAGAGAUGAUGGACUGAAGCUCUGGGAGAUCAUCCACAGAUUUGUGAGGGGAAUACUCAGCUUCUACUACAAGACUGAUGCUGAGGUCCAGCAAGACUCUGAACUGCAGAGCUGGAUUCAGGACAUCUUUAAAUAUGGAUUCCUUUCAAAAGAAAGUACAGGAAUUCCUCAGAAAUUCAGCACUGUGGAUGAGAUGGUCAAGUUUGUCACUGUGGUGAUCUUUAUUUCCUCUGCUCAACACUCAGCUGUCAACUCUGGACAGUAUGACUUUGGUGCCUGGAUGCCCAACAGUCCAACCACCAUGCAGCUUCCUCCACCAACCAAGAAGGGGACGGCAAACGAGAAAACCAUGUUGGAAUCAUUCCCCAGUGUUGACAUAACAGUUAAUGGCAUGGCCGUCAUGUGGUUACUCAGCAAGCAGUCCUCUGACCAUGUUCUUAUUGGCCAAUACCCAGAGGAGCAUUUCAGUGAGGAGGAGCCUCUUCAGAAGAUAAGAGCAUUUCAAGAAGAGCUCCAAAAGCUGAGUGCAGAGAUCAAGGCCAGAAAUGAGAAGGUUCCACUGCCAUACACAUACAUGGAUCCAGAUGUGGUUGAAAACAGUGUGUCCCUUUAAAAAAAAAAAAAAAAAAACUGAAGGAAAGUGUGUGCUCUGAUUUAUAACUGAUUUUUUACUUUCUAACUUUCUUAUAAUUGUUAAUCUUUAGUUUAUGAACACAAGGACAGGAGAACUGCAAAAACAGCCAUGAAGCUGCCAGAAGAAGUGGUCAGGUUUUUUUCACCUCGAGACAUGAAAUAAUAUUUUUUUCUCGAUUAUUAUAGCAGUGUGUUUUGUGUUUAUUAUCAUUUAGUAUACAAAAAGUGUACAAGGAACAGAAUUUCACUGCAACUGGCUCAACACAGGAUUAGAAAAAAAAGUUGUGCCAAAAAUGCAAUUAUAAAGGGCAGUGAUAAAAGUGAUCUUUCAGUAGGAGGCACUGCAGCCUCCACAGCACACAUAUGGUGAGUCAAAAUGCCCUCUGUGGUGCUGCUGUAAAAUACAGGGAGGAUGGGCAGGGGCAGGUGGGGGUCUUCUCUACACCAACCGUUCAGGUUGGUGUCGACUAGUCUAAUCUUUUCACUUCUCUGGUUGCACACUCGACCUGCUGGUGGAAAUGUGGGGGAACUGUCUUCAUCUUGGUUUUAACCAGGCCAAGAUGAUGACAACAGUGAGGAAGAGCGCAAUGUCUGCUGAGCAGUGGUUGAGACAAACUCAGCAUUAUUAGACCAGCUGUUCUUGAAGUAAAUAAACAAACCACCUCCUCAGGAUUUAACACUGGGUACACAGCUCCUGUCAGCACAAAAUGUAGCUAGUCUCUCAAUACUGAUGGCAUUGUGAAAUAUAAUAAUAGAUGGGAAACUGCCACUGUGAGGUUUCAUGUUCAUGUUGUUGUUUUCCACUUCCCUUGGAUUUUUUUUUUGUCUCAGUAUAAAUUAAUUGAACUAUAGUUUUUUUUUCUUUUUGCAGUAUUUUGCAUGUUUAGUGUUAGUAACUUUUGUUGGUGGUGGGGGGGGGUAGUUAAUGUAAAUCUGCAAAUUCUGAUAUUUUUUCUAGUCUAAAACCUGAUAAUUUCAUUCUUUCAAAUGAGAAAAUGAAUCAUUCACUACUGUUUUAACAAAGAUACAGACACAGACACUGAAAUCGCAGUCUAUGAGUAAGAUGUUGCUUCAUUUAGUCAUGCCAAUUAUCUUGAAAAUGACACAAUUCUAUUGUUUUUGCUUUGUUUUGCCUCUUUUGUAACAGCAGCGCCUCUCGCUGAUGGCAGCACGGCCGCAGACACUUAUCUCCAUGUUUGUCUGGCUGUUUGUCUUUUCUUGGAUGGGUGUUCUGUUAACUGUAAUUUCCCCAUUGUGGGAUCAAUAAAGUAUAAGUAAGUAAGUAUAAUACUGUGUAAUCACCACAUUGUGAUCAUGUUUAAACAUUAAACUCAAAGC